AUGACUAAAAAACGACGACUGUCCGGCUCUAGUCUAACUCCAAUUAAGGUCGAGGUGAAGGAAGAGAACACAACCGGUAAUGACUAUCUUAUGGCAAAGGGGCGCCUCAAAGGCGUACUGAGACAACUCACCGAACAAUCCUCGGACGAUGAAAGCGAUUCAUCUGAUGAUAACAGGAGACACCAGAGAGAGUCCGGGAGGAAACGUAAAGUUGAAAACAUGCCUACACCAUACCAUCACACUUACGUCAUGAAGCUGUUCGAUCGAAGCGUAGAUUUGGCUAGAUUCGAGGAAGACACCCCGUUAUAUCCGAUAUGCAGAGCCUGGAUGCAAAACCAACCGAGAAACCCCCAACCCAUAAUAAAACGCAGAUUAUCCUCACCGGAACCCGUCAACAACAACUCCUGGAUCGACAACAAUUCCCUGUCGGACGUCACGAGACUCCCACGACCCGAAGAGCCUUUCACAACGAGGAUCCCCUCGCCUCUGCCCGAGCAAGAACAAGUCAAGGAUAACAUUAAUUUGAAUUACGACGAGUCUCCUGCGAUACCAAAAAACACUCUACUAGAAAUGCACAUGGAGAGAUGGGCCAAUGUGAAGAAGAAGUGGAUCGAUACGGCUUGCAAGAACGAAUCGAGAUACAAUCGAAGCACCGAUAUACUCAGCAAUAUUUACAAUAAAGCUCAAGAAGACGCGUGA